AUGAUCCGCUUCUUAUCUAAAAUUGACAACUUUGGAGCUGAAUUUAAAUAAAGGAUUGUGAACUCUGAACAAGAACAUAAAUCAAUCAUUGGUGGCAUAUUCACACUUUCAGUCUACAGUGUGUGUUUUGCUUAUUCUAUUUUUGUGCUGUCAUAAUGGGCAUCUGGACAAAUAUUACCAAAGAUCCUUUUAGAAUCAACACUUGCAGCUUUUGAGAAAUUUGAGAUGCCUAACGAAAUAAUUGAAAUAACCUCCGUUCGUUAUGAUGACUCAUUAAUAGAUCCUUUUGCUACAUAAGGAAAUAUACUGAUGCCGAUUGCAGUCAUAUUAGAAAACAACAAACCAGUUUCUUACCAAUCUAUAUUGGCUAAUUCCGAAAUAUCUAAUUAUGGAACGAAUCUGAUUGAAAUGGAAUAAAUGCAAAUUAUCAAAAAUGCUCACAAUGAUAAAACACAAGAAAACUGUAGAUAUUACUAUUUAUUAGUAACUGCUUGUUAAUAGUAAUACUUAAAAGAUAAUUAAACAUGUGCUUCAGAGGAAGACAUAUCAAAUUAUUUGAAAAACACAUUAGUUCCCAUAGAAUUAGAAGUUAAAUUACAGUAAUUUAAUACAAAAGACAAAAAACUAUAUGAAGUGGAAAAAUAGUUACAAUUUACUUUACAAUAAUCUCUGACCCUCAAAGCAGAAUUGCUAUUUCAAAAUACAAACACAGUAAUUGAUGACAAUUUGAUAUUUUCUAAUUCUUUAUCUUACACUUAUUUCUCUGAUUUUAGUGUUUUGACUUAAACUAUAACAAAGGCUAGUAGUACCUAAAUAGUUAAGGAUGAUGUUUUAAUAGAAAUAGCUUUCAAAGUGGAUCCAAUUGAAGUGAAGUAAUCAGUUACUUAUGUUAAAUUUGGAGAAAUGUUGGCUGAGGUUGGAUCAAUAGCAAGUUUACUAUUAGCAGCUUCUUGGUUUAUUCAAUAAUUUAAUAGAGAAGAAAUGGAAAAUAAAAUAAUUGAUGAAAUAAUUAGUGUUUAUUAUCCAUAAUUUCGAAAAUUAAAGAAGGUCAAAAGUUGUAUGGGCAAAACCAUAUCAAUUAUGCAUGAAAAGGAUUAGAUAAAUUAAGAAGAAUUUCAAAAGUGGUAUGAAAAAGUAAGGUAAAAUGUCAUUCUCAAGCUCUCUGUUGUCAAUCAAUUGCAUGAGAUAUCUCGGUUAUAUUUUAUAUUGCGUUCAUAAAUUCCGUGUUAAUAAAUGAUCAAAUAUUAAAAUUAUGGUAUUCCGUUGCCUCAUAAACUGUUUGAGAAACAUAGUAAUGAGAUAAAUAAUGAAUUACCUUCUCAGGAGAUGAAAAUGGAGGAUAUUGAACUUGAGUCAUCAAUACUGGUAACAAGUGGAUUGUGUGAUGAUGAUCUAAAUAUUCUCAAUUAUAAGAAGAUCAAUAUUAAGAAAGAGUGA